AUGUUGUCGAAUGGAAAGGAAGAGUCAGAGAUGAUUUUGACGGUCUUGGGAUGUGGGACAAUGGGAAUUGCAAUCCUUUCUGGAAUCCUAGCUUCACUCUACGAGAUUCAACCUCCGAAACAACAGCUCCUCGCCUCUGCUUCUGGUACAUCUACUCCCGCAGAAGAAAUCCCAAGCCGCCUUCCUUCCCGCUUCAUUGCCUGCGUUCGACGUCCCGAAUCUGCGAAGAAGAUCAAGCAAGCUCUGCUCCCACAUCUGAAAGUGGUCAAGAUUGUACAGCAUGAUAACGUGGCAGCAUGUCAAGAAGCAGAUGUUGUAUUAUUGGGCUGCAAACCAUACAUGGUCAACGAUAUCUUGGCAGUGGAGGGAAUGAAAGAAGCAUUGAAUGGGAAGACCCUGAUCAGUAUAUGCGCCGGUGUACCCGUUGAACAAAUGCAGAAGGCAUUAUAUGGAGAAGAUGUCCUAGCUGCUUCAGAAGGCUGUACCUUAGUAAGAGCUAUGCCAAACACAGCUUCUGCUAUUCGAGAGAGCAUGACUGUCAUUGCUACAUCUGUUCCCCCUCUACCAGCUGAUGCGUCGGCGUUGGUUACUUGGAUCUUCAGACGAAUUGGAGAUGUGGUUCACCUUCCUGCCAGUACAAUGGAUGCAAGCACAGCACUCUGUGGUUCGGGACCGGCUUUCUUUGCUCUGAUGUUGGAGGCAACGAUUGAUGGUGCAGUGGCUAUGGGACUUCCUCGAGCAGAGGCUCAGAGAAUGGCUGCUCAGACAAUGAAAGGAGCGGCUGGAUUAGUUCUUGCUGGAGAACAUCCUGCUUUACUGAGAGAUAAGGUUAGCACCCCCGGUGGCUGUACUAUUGGUGGAUUAUUAGUCUUGGAGGAAGGAAGAGUCAGAGGAACAGUUGCAAGAGCUGUACGAGAAGCUACUGUUGUUGCCAGUCAACUUGGUAAGGGAGUUCAAGGCGUUAAUGGGACCAGAUGGAAUUAG